AGGACAGACCGAGGAGCAGCACUUCCCUUAAGAGGCAUACCGAGGAUUCCUCCAACAGGUGUAGCUGGCUGACGCGCUGCGAGGCACGCGGGUGGAUACGGCGGCGGGUUCUGGAACAGAGAGAGCGCUUCUAGAGUCACCUAUGGGCGAGUGUUUGCGUAAAGCUUGCCCGUGCCUGGACGCACUGUGGCAGAUGAUCUUCUGUGAAAAAAAGACUCCUCCUGAAGCAGAAGAUCCCAGAGCCCCGAGUCCGGUCCCCGCGCCGGAGCCGGUGCCCGAGGGCGGCUCCAUGUUCAGAGCGCUCUGGGCGUUUGAGUCCCGGCACCCCGACGAGCUGUCGUUCCAGGAGGGAGAUCUGUUCAGCGUCAUCAACCGCAGCGGAGACUGGUGGUCCGCGCGCAAGAUCGAAAAGAACGGCCGCGUCCUGGAGACCGGGAUCGUGCCCAAAAACUACCUGGAACGGGCCGAGUCCCUACAGAUGCAACAGUGGUAUUUUGGUCAAAUGAACCGCUUUGAGUCCCAAGGCCACCUGCUGGGCUCAGAAAACGACGACGGAGCUUUCCUCAUCAGACAAAGUGAGAAAGACAACGUUGGAUACGUUCUUUCAGUGAAGUCAAGCAGUCGGGUGAGGCAUUUUAAGGUCCUCAAAGGAGAUGGAAGUUUUUUUUACGUGGACUACAACAAGAAAUUCAGUUCUCUAAUUAACUUGGUGGAGCACUACUGCUGCAACAGCCUGAACGACCUCGGCCCACUGGGAAAACCAUGCAAGAGGAAAAGGCCCAACAUCACAGAUCUGAGUCACUUCACAGUGGAUGAGUGGGAACUCCCGAAAGAAGAGUUCACCCUGGAGGAGCAGCUGGGCAGUGGAUACUUUGCUGAAGUCUACCGGGGACGCUGGAAAAAUCACAUUAAUGUCGCCAUCAAGAUCAUCAAAAAUGAAUCGGAGUUGAACCACCGGGAAUUUCAGAGCGAAGUUCAGAUCCUGAAGUGUCUGCGCCACCCUCACCUCAUCUCUCUGUUUGCUACCUGCACAGCCUCAGCACCUUACUACAUCAUCACCGAGCUGAUGGAGAAAGGCAGCCUGCUCAGCUUCCUCAGAGGUUCGGAGGGUCGGAGUCAAGACAUCGGAUCACUCAUUGACAUGGGUGCCCAGGUGGCUGAUGGGAUGUCGUACCUGGAGGAGAAGAACAGCAUCCACAGAGAUUUGGCAGCUCGAAAUGUCCUGGUGGGGGAGGACUACAUCUGUAAGGUGGCAGACUUUGGAUUGGCCAGAGUGAUCAAGGAGCCGUUCUACAUCACAGAAGAUAAAAAGAUUCCCUACAAGUGGAGCGCUCCUGAGGCCAUCAGCCACGGGAUGUUCUCCAACAAGUCAGACGUCUGGUCUUUUGGUAUCUUGCUCUAUGAGAUUUUGACCUUUGGAGGAGUUCCUUACCCAGCCUUCACCAACCAGGAAACCUACCAUCAGGUCACCAAUGGUUUCAGGAUGCCAGCUCCGGCCAAAUGUCCCGAAUCUCUCUACAAAAUUAUGCUGAGCUGUUGGAGCGCUGAACCUUCCGACAGGCCCAACUUUGUCACCCUCAAGGUCAAACUGGACAGCGGCUCCUACGAGAUGGAGUGACCACCAGCGUCCACCAGCAGCAGUGCAACGGACUUCCAAACUGAAACUACAAGGCCCAAAACAGCAAAGCCUGAUGUGCUUUAUUCAGUCCACUCGACCUAUUGAUUGUUUUUUAUCGUCGAUUAAACUGGUGACUUUUGAACCAAAGUUGCAGAUAUUUAUCUGCCUCUGGCUGGAACAAUGUCAGGAAAUGCAGAUGUGUUUAGUCUUCUUUAAAAGACUGAGCAGGCAUUGAAAUAGCUACUGAUGACUUUCAUCUGUCCGAUCAAACAGCGAGAAGGAAAAUAGCGAAACUAUAGCAAAAACAUCAGUUUACAAGGUAACACACGAAUGCAAAACACCACUUUAUAGGACAAUCUCACCUAGAUUUCUGCGUUUCUGUGGCGUUUCUUAUCACUACGAUCUUGACUAACAGAGGGAGUGCGAUGGAGGCAAAAGACAGGCAUUGGAAAGGGAAAUGUGACGACACGACAACCAGGAUACCCCGCAACACCUGCUGCUGAUGGGCAUGUCAUCAAGAGCUAUCAGAGCUGGCUGCUAGAAGGAGCUUGAUUAGAUAGAGGGAAAUACACCAGAAGCCUUAUGAAAACAGAUUUAUAAAGCUUUAACACACUCCUUUUCCAAAUGCCUGACAUGUUGAUGAAGGCGAUACUAAUAGGCUGCAAUGUUAAGCCUUUUGAUGGUCAGUGAUGGCCAGUGAGGGGCAGCAAAUUCACACUUCUGUUCAAAAUAUAUAUUUUUUCCCAUUCUUUCUUGUGAAGUUUUUGAAACUGUAAAAGCUCCAAUAACAACAUACGCUGUUUCUCUUCCAAAUUGGUUCCUCUGGUGAGAGCUUGUGGGGUUCCCCCCAAAAACAGGUUGCUAAAAACACUCUCUCCAAUAACGUGGUAUCAUCAGUGACAACAGGCUGAUUUGGUAUCGGAUACCAGUAUUUGAUUUGACCCUGGGGAGAGGUGCCUUUCAGUCACACGGUGAAGCAUCAAUGCUAUUCUCAGAAACUUAAUAUAAACACUGUGAUAUUUUCACAACAAUAUACCUUAGAUAUUAGCUCAUAGAAACUUAUAAUACAUAAUCAAAACUUCUAAUUAAAAACAAAAAAAACGUAACAAAACAGAAUAUUUGGGGGUGUCCAGGCCUUAAUUAUUCAACUGUUCCCUCGUUAUUCCAUGACAUAUUAAGCAGAUAAAGGCUAUACGGCCUCGAUUCAAAAUGUCGACUUUGCUUUUGGUGGCUGAUCCUUGCAGCACUCAGCAUGUGGACCACAGAGGUGUUAUUGGAAGUGAAGGAAGCAGUUGUUAGGCUGAAAGAGAGUCAGGCACAUAACAGAAACAUGAGGAUCGGCCAAUGUACUUCCAGGCUCACCAACACCAAAAAGCGCCCUGACUGUAACCUACAAUGAAAUAACAAAAAGACACUGUUCAUAGUUUCCGAUGGGUCACACUGACUUCAGAGCUGCUGAAAUGAUUAUUGAGCCUUUAAUACCAGUUAAACAUGCACCAUCUGAUUGUACUGAUAUGGAUCUGUGACGAUGAUCGGGGCAUCUUUUAAAGCUUUAAAGAUCCAAUCGUAGACUCAUAGCCUUGAUGCCAUCUGAACCGUGGGUUUCAUGGUCCGUGGACUUCAUGGUUGUCAGACUCAUCCAUGCUGCGAAAACGUGUAGAGCAACAUUUACCGAGAGGUCUGCUGCCUUAUCGAAGCACCUGCCGCACCCACACAACUACUGUAAAAGUGUUGAGGGCCAGCUGGUGCAGACACGUUGAGUAAUGUCCUUUGUGGAGGGUUAUCUUUGUGUUCUGUUGGUUUUCAUGCCAUUUAAUGUUCAAUGAUGAUGUUGUGAAUCUAAAAAUAAUAUUAUUAUGAAGGGAAGUCUUCUGUGUGUGUGUGCGUGUGUGUGCGUGUGUGUGUGUGCUUGUGGGUGUGUGUGUGGGUGUGUAUCUGUGUAACAGAGUAGAUAACACUUCACAUUUGACCCAUAUUCUCUGUCUGUUGUUGGGUUCAAAAUGUAAGAUGCCUUAUAAGCCAAAAUAUCAAACCCUUCAUGAAAACUAACACAAACAUUAUUAAUGUAAGUAAUAUAAGUAUUCCAUUCUAAUAUAUGUAUUCAAGCCGAACGAUUAACCUUUAUGAUCAUGUGUACACAUUUGCUGUUUGAUGCGAUCCAGGAGAAAGUAAAGUGCACUCGGGUCAGUUCAGGUCUGAUUAAAAGCUUGCUUUUAUAAACUCCCUCCCAUCUGAGGACCUUAUUGCCCUGCCGCCUGCUGACAAGGCGAAUCUGCUUGGCUUUCGUGUUCUCACUCGCAGUGAGGAUUAAUCAUCGCUGACUCGUGGAACAAGCGAGUGAAACAAACGUCCACUCAAUUCCCCAGCAAAAAACAGCCCUGGCAAUCCCAUUAAAAUAAUCUGGUUGGAUUAUGUUUAUAAUGUGAUGAACAGCUCUGUGUGAAUCCUGCAGCUUUCUGCACACUUGUGGAACAGAGAAGAUGUGGAAGUGGAUUACAGACUGGUUUUGAGCUGUGCUGACAGCGUUUAACAGCUAAAAUCCUUAUCAAGUGUUGUCACUAGAUUGUAGGUUGUUUUUUGUAUUCCCUGCACAAAAUAACUAGUGGCCACAACUUAUGUCAUCAACAGUUCAGUCGCUCACGCGACAACAAAAAAUAACAUUAAAAGCAAACAGCUUAUGCAUUAGGAUUUGUUGCUAAAAAGGCAGUGAUGGAGUAAAUAUUUCAUGAAAAUACUUAAUUCAAGUAAAUGUUCUGCAAAGGAAAUGUCUCUUCAGUAAAAGUAUGUGUG